ACAAAGAGCGGCAAAUCUGCUGCUUCUUAAAAAAAAAAAAAAAUCUGCUGCUUCUCUCCGUUUGCGCCACCGCCACCUGCAAAAAGGAAUUCUCUCUCUCUAACUUGGAAAAGUAUUGCAAUGAAGGAGAGAGAAGAGGAGAAUUUCGUGACCCCUGGUGAUAUACUUGGAAAAGCUCUGGAGCUGAAACCUGGCUACGGCGCUUAUUUCUCCUCCCACGAUAAAACCAUAUACGCCUCGCUCACUGGAUUCCGCUCUAUCACUCCUGCCCCAAUCGACUCCGACGACCAGCGGGCGACGGUGGAGGUGAAGGGGCACAAGGCGCACGGUCCGGUGCCGGAGCCCGGUGUUGUUGUUACUGCAAGAGUUACAAAGGUGAUGGCUAAAAUGGCUUCUGCAGAUAUUGUUUGUGUAGGUCCCAAAUCCGUUAAAGAAAAAUUUACAGGCAUCAUUAGGCAGCAAGAUGUCAGGGCAACGGAGAUCGACAAAGUAGAAAUGCACUCCUCUUUCCGUCCUGGCGACAUAGUUAAAGCUUUAGUUCUGUCUCUUGGUGAUGCUCGAGCUUAUUAUUUAUCAACUGCAAAGAAUGAACUCGGUGUUGUUUCAGCCGAAAGCGCUGCUGGUGCAACGAUGGUUCCUAUAAGCUGGACUGAGAUGCAGUGCCCUCUAACAGGCCAAACUGAGCAGAGAAAAGUAGCAAAGAUCGACGCCGUCUGCCCACAUGUCAACUCCAAUACCAUAAAAAUAAAAAUAAAUAUUGAAAGAAACAGAAAAAAACUGCAACAGCUUUUCUCGCUUAGAAACCAAAAAAUGGCUACUACCUCACUCUCAGCUCUGUAUCUUCUUCCUCCCUCCAAAUUCUCUUCCUCUCAUUCCCACUCCUUCCCCCAAACUCCCCUCCAUAUCCCCUCCUUCCCGAAUCACACACCCCUAAAGUCCAAAUCGCUUAGAACAAUAUCAUUUGCUCUCGCAGAAUCAUCGGAUUCUUCCAAAUCCAUUGACCGUGACCUUCAAAUUCUUCUCCAAGAGCUCGCGGAAUGUUUUGUUCUUCCCGCGGACUAUUUUAAGCAGUUGCCGAAUGAUCUCCGUCUGGAUCUGAAUGAUGCGGCCUUUGAUCUCUCAAACGGCACUGUCAAAGAUGAGUGUGGUGAAGAGGCUGGAGAGACUUUGUUAAAUAUAAGUCGAGCGUGGGAAAAUGCAGAGACGUCAGUUUCAGCAGCGUUGGUGAGCAAGCUCCCCCAACUAGUGGGCUCUCUGACCAGUAAUAACAAGUCAGCACUUGGCAAGCGCCUGGUUUCGGCUUCUAGAAGAUUUCAGGCGAUGGGCCAGUAUGGUCAAGGUGAACUGCAAAUGAUUGCCAAAGUCAUGAACAGAGUAGGAAAGGCAUUGUCCGAAAUUCCAGUUUCCGAGGUAGCUGAUGAAGAACCAAAACAGGAAACUAGGGUUCUAAAGUUCGGCGAGCUCCAGGUCGAAUUGACUCCAGAAAAGGCGUAUACUGGUGCUGUCAUUGCCUUCUUCUUCGGGAUUCUCACGUGGCAAGUGAGUCAAGGCAUCCAACGCAUACCAGAGAGCUCGUUGGAGUAUGCAAAUGACAACGCGCUGCUCCUUGCUAAGUCGCUGCGAUUGACACUGCUGUCAAUCUUCUACUCGUCAACGUUCUUAUCUGCGUUCGCGUCUGUCGGGCUAGUCCUACUUGCAGGACAAUUGAACUGCUCAGCAGCCGACCUCCUCCCCCUCCUCGGCGGCUCCGCGGCCAACGCCACCGCCGCAGCCGCCUUCCUCUGCACCCGCUUCGACGAGGUUUCCUCCCGCCUCGAUGGGGCCAAGUUCGCCAUCGACAACACAUACCUCCUCUUCUCGGCCUACUUGGUCUUCGCCAUGCAGCUGGGCUUCGCUAUGCUCUGCGCCGGCUCGGUCCGUGCCAAGAACACCAUGAACAUCAUGCUCACGAACGUUCUGGACGCCGCGGCUGGCGGCCUCAGCUACUACCUCUUUGGCUACGCCUUUGCCUUUGGCGGGCCCUCGAACGGCUUCAUCGGGAAACACUUCUUCGGCCUCAGAGAUUUCCCCUCUCCGGCCGGGGAUUAUAGCUUCUUCUUGUAUCAAUGGGCUUUCGCCAUUGCUGCCGCAGGCAUUACUAGCGGCUCCAUUGCUGAGAGAACUCAAUUUGUGGCAUAUUUGAUAUACUCCUCAUUCCUCACUGGGUUCGUGUAUCCGGUGGUCUCACAUUGGGUCUGGUCCGGAGACGGUUGGGCUGGCGCAGCGAAGGCUGACGGGAACUUUCUCUUCGGUUCGGGAGCCAUCGACUUUGCUGGCUCGGGUGUCGUCCACAUGGUUGGUGGCAUUGCCGGUUUAUGGGGAGCACUAAUCGAGGGACCGAGGAUCGGCCGGUUCGACCACAGUGGCCUGUCUGUAGCCCUGCGCGGCCACAGUGCAUCGCUAGUGGUGCUAGGCACCUUCCUUCUAUGGUUUGGGUGGUAUGGUUUCAACCCCGGUUCGUUUCUGGCGAUAGCGAAGUCAUACGACACUAGGGGGGCCUACUACGGCCAGUGGAGCGCGGUGGGGAGAACAGCUGUCACGACUACAUUAGCUGGAAGCACAGCUGCCCUAACCACCCUGUUCGGGAAGAGGCUCUUGGUUGGGCAUUGGAAUGUGAUUGAUGUGUGCAAUGGGUUGUUGGGAGGGUUUGCCGCUAUCACCUCAGGCUGCUCUGUGGUUGAGCCAUGGGCUGCAAUUAUAUGCGGCUUCGUGGCAUCUUGGGUGCUGAUAGGUUUCAACAAGCUGGCCGAGAAGGUAAAGUAUGAUGACCCAUUGGAGGCAGCGCAGUUGCACGGUGGCUGUGGUGCGUGGGGCUUGCUAUUCACUGGGCUAUUCGCCAAGAAAGCUUUUGUAAACGAGGUUUACCCAGGGAAACCAGAUAGGCCGUACGGGCUGCUCAUGGGCGGUGGCGGGAGGCUCUUGGGAGCCCAGAUCAUCCAAAUUCUGGUGAUUAUCGGGUGGGUCACGGUGACAAUGGCACCGCUUUUCUGGGUGCUCCACAAGCUGAGGUUGCUGAGGAUUUCGUCCGACGAUGAAAUGGCCGGAAUGGAUGUCACCAGGCAUGGUGGCUUAGCCUACAUCUACCAUGACCAGGAAGACGAAAAUACUCUGCCACACUUCAAGAUGACAAGGAUCGAACAGGGGGAAACUCCAAUAGGGGAGCGCCGACAGCAGGGUGCAUAGGUCCGGUCCAGGCAUGUUCAAGAAUUCAGCA